CGGAGCGGGCGGUAUGGCCGGAACGGGACUGCCGGGCGGGAGCGUCGCUGGGCUGCAGGAGGGCGCCGAGGAGGCGAAGCCAGCUCCCACCCAGCAGGAUGAGGACACCUGCAGCGAUUAUGGAAGCCGUGACAAGCCGGGCACUGCCCUGGGGAGGACUGUACCGGAUGGGAGUGCGCUUUUUCCUGAUAUUUUUCGCACGGAUCAUCUUUUGUUUUAUGAGCGAUUUAAAGCUUACCAGGAUUACAUUUUGGCUGACUGCAAAGCUUCUGAGGUGAAGGAAUUUACAGCUGAGUACCUGGAGAAGGUCCUUGAGCCGUCGGGAUGGCAGGCUGUUUGGCGCACUAAUGUGUUUGAGGUCCUCGUGGAGGUGGUUGAUGUGGAGUACUCAGAUCUGAAGGCAGUUGUGCAGCUCUGUGAGCCUUUCCUGUGCGAGUCACAGGUUAGCACCUUUACGUUGGAAUGCAUGCAGGAACUCUUGGAGCUGAAGGAGCGUCGGAUACCGCUGCAGGAGCUGUGGGUUGUGUAUGAUGAGUCGGGAGAGUUUGAUCAGACAGCACUAGCUGUGGAGCAUGUCAGGUUCUUCUACGAGUGCAUCUGGAGGACCUGGGAUGAGGAGGAGGAGGAUGAUUUUGAUUACUUUGUGCGAUGUGUGGAGCCUCGACUGAGACUGCAUUAUGACAUCCUCGAGCACCGUGUGCCUUCUGGUCUUGUUGCUGAUUACCACAGCUACUUGUCUCAAUGUGAAGAGCUCUACAGGAAGUUUUUAAAUGUGAGGAACAACAUAUCAAGCAGUGAUUCAGACUCUGAAAUGGAAAAUGUCUCCAUGGUGGAGGGAUUAAAGUUGUAUGAGAAAAUAGAGCACUUGAAACAAAAACUAAAACUAAUUGAGAAUCCUCUGCUGAGGUAUGUAUUUGGUUACCAAAAAUACAGUGGUCUCCAAGCUAAAGGGCAGAGACCAACAGGUAUCAAGAUCACUCAUGUUGUGUCCGCAACUGUGAUGGCGAGUCUCUUGCAGUCUUUGAUAAGGGACAGACUUUGCCCUGAGUCUUGUGGUGAAGAACUAGAAAUACAGUUCCACAAUGAUCCGCUGGCAGCUGUAAAUGCUUGUUAUGAAGGAGACACAGUCAUCAUCUGUCCUGGUCAUUAUGUUGUGGAUGGCGUGUUCUGCAUUGCUGAUUCUAUUGAAAUGGAAGGCUAUGGCCUGCCAGAUGACAUUGUGAUAGAAAAGCAAGGGAAAGGAGACAACUUCGUGGACUGUACAGGAGCCAAUAUAAAGAUCUCCAAUUUGAAGUUGGUGCAACAUGAUGCUGUGGAAGGGAUUUUAAAUGUUCAUCAAGGGAAAACAACUUUAGAGAAUUGUGUAUUACAGUGUGAAACUACAGGCAUAACUGUACGAACUUCAGCUGAACUAUUAAUGAAGAACUCAGAUCUGUAUGGUGCCAAGGGUGCUGGUGUGGAAAUAUACCCAGGUAGUACGUGCACCUUGUUGGACAACGGCAUACACCACUGCAAGGAGGGAAUACUCAUAAAGAAUUUCUUAGAUGAACAUUAUGACAUCCCCAAAAUAAGCAUGGCCAAUAAUGUGAUCCAUAAUAAUGAAGGAUAUGGUGUGGUCCUGGUAAAACCAACUGUUGCUUCUGAUGUAAAGGAUGCUUCAGCAGAAGGAACAACAGGGGAUGCACAGUCUACCCAGUCAAGUGAUGAGAGAGCACAUGUAGAGGGCUUCAGACAAGAACAACUACCUGAGUGUGUAGCUGAUGAAUUGGAGCUUUAUAAGCAAGCUGAGAUUUCUGAAGGCAAUCAUGAAAUUGUAAGUGAACUUGGUGCUGCUUCUGCAAAGAAGAGUCAGAUGCACAGGAAAAGGCUGAGUGAACUGGGAAUCACAGAAGCUGACGACAACUUAAUGUCACAGGAGAUGUUUGUUUCUAUUGUGGGCAAUCAGUUCAAAUGGAAUGGCAAAGGAAGUUUUGGUACUUUUCUCUUCUGACAGUCCUGAUUCCUAGUGGCAUUGUAAUAAGAUUUGCACAAGCUGUUUUUUUCACUGCUACUUUCUGAGGAGGUAACUUCCACCAGCUUUCCAUAAUGUUAGUAAAAUAUUUAUUAAUUAUAUAUAUAUAUACACACACAUAUAUGCAGCAUGUGAAAACAACUUUCUUUGUGCAAGCAUGGGCAAUGCUGGUAGAAAAGAGAACUGUGCUAAUCUAUGGACUUGCUCUUUGCUAGCUGUCAUUUUUUGUUGUUUUUUUUUCUUCUUUUUGGUAUAUUUA